GUAAGCCGCAGACUUACAAAUUGUUAGCCGCUAUCUCAGGCUCUCAGUCGGCUAUUGCAAUGUCACUGUUGCCUAGGCCGCUGUUUCGGAAUUUUAUAGAGACUUUCGCCGAAAGUACGAGUGAAAGUACGUACAUACGCUGACAACAUCGGAUAAUAACGCAUAAUACAUUGUUAUCAUAAUAAAUAUUAUUAGCAUCAUUAUUAUUGCAUACUUCUAUGGAUCUUCCGUGGUUUUCGCGAGUUGGCUUGCCGUUUUUUGCCAGUACCGACAUAUGGAAUUUUGUCGAUAUUUUUCUGUGUGUCAGUGUGCGAUUCUCCCGGUGAAAUUUUUAUUUUUUAUUGGCUUGAUUCUCUCGUCAUCUUGAUGGACUUUAUAAAGAUUUUUUUGUCGUGACCUUUAAUUCUGCUGAUAUCACGGAAGACAGGGCGCUGUGAAUAAUUUGUCAGCUGAGCGGCCGCCCGGCAGCGUUUAUUCCUCGUAUUUCCUUCAUAAUUCAAACUGUGCUCCAAAUCGGUGACGUUCACGGCCCAGGCCACGAUGGCCGAGGGCCCCGGGGAGUGUCCGGAGAAGCCGCCGGACAGCGGCGGCGACGGCUACAAAAUCAAGCACUCCACCGAGUACCAUCUGGCCAGUCAGGACGGCGCCGCCGGGGCCGGCCACUUUACCAUCACCUUCCCGGAUCUGGACAGCCUGCGCUCCCCGCAUCCCAACCGCAUGGGUGAGCAGUUGAAGCUGGAGCGGGGGGUGCUGGAUCUGCUGACGCACUACCAGCUGGCCUGCAUGGAUUCCAAGGACGGCGAUUUUAUGACGUGCCGGGCGAUGUAUACGUUUCAGAAGGACGCACAGGAGCUGCAGUCAAUGGCGCUGAAUGAUUACGGCCAGGGAAGGCUGCAAAGCGUGCGGGUGGCCACGACGGGGCAUGAGAUUGCGCCCAUACCCGCCUGGAUGGACAACGGCAUCAGUCUGCAGAUGUUCUUUCAGAAAAAGUGUACAUCAAAGCGCGGCACCCAGUCGACGCCGGGUGGCGACAACAAGCAGGGCUACAAGAUUCCCUGGCGCGCCAGUAUUCAGCUGGAGCGCGUCCCCGACAACUGCAUCCUGACGGCGGUGCAGUUGGCCUUCAUCAACUCGGACCAGGCCACGGGCAGUCCCAGUGUGCAGAUCGAAAUCUCCUCCACCAACGCCACCAAUAUGUACUUUGUCAACGAUAAACUACGCAGCAUCAACGGCCAGACGUACUGCGAGUGCUACGCACGCGGAGCUGGGACUGUUCCGCGACGCCUACUGCUUCGUCAGUAUGCGGGUGCCAUUGCGCCGCUUCCUGCAGGAAUUGUUGGGCGGAUUCCGGCGCACCAUUCCCGAGUAUACAACAGCCACGGCGGCCAGCGCUAUCGCGGCCGACCGACCCGAGACGGUGGCGCUGGAAACCCGCCAGGGCAGCAUCCGGACCGAGCGGAAGGUCCUCGUCACCAUCUGCCCAAAGAUGUGCGCCAUCUUCGCCAAGGGCGAACACGGCAAAGUGGCCACCUGGGAGAUGGACUACAGCAAGGACGUGGUGGAGUCCGUCGUCGGCUCCACCCCUGCCAACAAAUGCGCCAAACCAAAACCCCUCUCUGGCGAACCGCGCCGCAUCGCGCCUUUCUUCCUGUACGAAACCAUGAAGUUCUCCCUCAGCUGGGAUAUCCCGCAGCUGAAGCUCUGGGCGCAGGUGGCGUUCCUGGAACGUCUCUGCUACCCCGGUGUCGAUCUCGAGCAGAUCCCGGUCCUGGAUGCGGUGCGCAUCGUGUGUGACUACGCUGAAACGGAGGAAGUCGGGAGCCGGAUGAUCCUGUGUGGAUUAGUCAUUGUGCUGAAUAUUAUGCAUUCCUGUACCGCGCUGAAUGACUGUCAUGCGUUGAAAGAUCUGGAACGGUUGAUGGCGCCGAAACGGACGCUGUGGAAG